GUCACCAUUCAACGUCGCCGAGCCACCGGACAUAGCCUACUGAGCACCAUGGAUGCGAACCCAAGCACGCCACAGUGGAACAACAGCAACAUACCCACUACAGGGGACAUGUUUGAACGGUUCCGUUCUGAGUCCUGGUCAUUGGCGCUGUUAAUCGUGGCCAUUGUGCUGACGCUGUUGACGGUGUGUCUCUACAUCGAAACAGUGAUUCUCGUUUUACUCAAAGUCAACAUUGGAAUGAGACGUCUGCUCAUUUUAAUACUGUGUGGAUUGUUUCCGAUUUCUUCCCUCACUUCACUGCUGUCUCUUUUCUCGCCAUCGGCUUCAGUAUUCAGCACUUUAUUUGCAGAAAUUUAUUUGGCGAUCUGUUUGUACAUAUUCGUCAAACUGAUAGUUAAUCUCUUCGGUGGCAUAGAAUCGACAAUGGGGGCGCUUUCCGACCAAAGCACUGCACUCAGACAACCUCCAUGCUGCUGUUGUUGUUUUUGUCUGCCAGUGGUAACAAUAAAUAAAAAAGGUUUUAUCUUUCUUCGACUGGGGAUAUUUCAGUAUAUAAUAGUCAUUCCUUUUGCUGUUGCAAUCCCUGGAUUCUAUAGGCUACUCGGCCCGAUUGACGCUGGUGGUGGGGCAUCCAACCUGGACCUCCCUUCGACCAUUGCCAAAGUCUUAUCAACCAUGACAGCUAUAUACAGCAUCUCAGUCCUCUUUAAGACGUCACAGGCUCUCUUGAGUAGCUUCUAUGUCUUACCCCAGUUCGCCCUACUAAGGAUCGUCGUUGUACUCGUGAAUGCCCAAGGGGCUGCCCUGACGAUGAUCAUCCGCUUUGGAGAGAUCCAGUGCCUGGUGCCUCUGACGUGCGAUAAAUACUUGGUUUUAACAAUUAUUCGGAAUCUACUACUAAUCUUGGAGAUGUUUCCACUCAUGGUAAUAUGCAGGAUCGUGAUUGGAAGGUGGAUCCGGGCCGGAACGCAAAACCAACACUACGAGGACAGCAGGAACCAGAACGGUAGUGACGACCGCAAUAUGGCGGCCAAUAACAAUGACAAUGACAGGGGACUGGAAAUUAAGUCGAUUUCGCAAGUUGCUCUAACCGUGUUUUCAUCGGAGCAUAAGGUAUAAUGUAGUUGCCUUGAAGUUGCCCAUGAGUCGUAGUUUUAACCAUAGCACGAGUUAAAGCGGUCAAUAUUUG